GCAUGUAUCUCAAUCUCAUCCACUGCUCAUGUUUUACAAUCUGAGACGGUGACGAGGGAGGGAGGCCAGAUUAUAUCCGAGGAGCUAACAUCUGCUUCUGUACGAGUUAUUUUCUUUGGAUUUCUACGACAGCCAAUAGCUUAUUGCCACUUCAUACCUACACAUGAAUAACGAUUGCUCAGCAGAUUAUAAGUUCAAGAAUCAAAGGUCAAAAAAUCGUUCUCCUCUGAUCUCACUGAUUACGAGAAUAGAAAUCGUAUUAAAUUACGAUGAGACAGAGACAGAGAAAUUGCGACUCUGGCUGAAAUUUUUUCUACGUAACAAGACACGUCUCUUAAAGAGUACAAAAGCCGACACAAAACAAUGGGAAAGUCUCCUUGUCGUGACGAGCGGGAAGGUUUAAAGAAAGGUCCAUGGACUGUAGAGGAAGAUCGGAAACUGCUUGAUUAUAUUCAGAAACAUGGGCAUGGUAGAUGGAGAAUCCUUCCCAAGAAUGCAGGUCUAAAAAGGUGUGGAAAGAGUUGCCGGCUUCGCUGGACAAACUAUUUGAGACCAGACAUCAAGAGAGGGAGGUUUUCAUUCGAAGAAGAAGAGACCAUAAUACAACUACACGGUGUUUUGGGAAAUAAGUGGUCCGCCAUUGCUGCUCACUUGCCGGGAAGAACGGAUAACGAGAUAAAAAACCAUUGGAACACCCACAUCAGAAAGAGGCUAUUAGGAAUGGGAAUUGAUCCAGUGACUCAUACCCCACGGCUCGAUCUUCUCGAACUCUACUCCAUUCUGAGCUCAUCUCUCUACCACUCAUCUCAACUUAAUACUUUCCCCAGUCUGCUAGGAGUCGGACCUUUAGGAAACCCAAAUCUUCAAGGUCUAGCCACAGCUGAUCAUCUCCUGUCAUCCCAAUACAAAACACCAGAGAUUACUUCUCAGUAUGAUCCCCAGCAAAACCAAUAUCACAAUACCCUAGUUUCAAACCAGUUCCAGUCUUCCCAUCCCAUACAUGAGCUAAACACGAGUACUUAUGCUACACAAGUAAACCAGUUUCAUAGCGCAGUGCAAGAAACUCAACCUUGUGCAGCAUCACAUACUCUUAGUACUCCAUUUGGAAGGGAACCUCAGCUCACACAAGCAAAAUUGGAGCAACUCUCUCCAAAUCUCAAUUUUAUCCGCCAAAAUACUCUGCCAAACGUGUGGCCGAGUAUGGGAGAGCAACUAAAUUUAGCCAGGAAUGACUUUCCUUUGCAAAAUGUGGAUUCCAUUAUUGACCCUCAAUUUGAAAACGAAAUUUUGCAGACUAGGAACAAUAUUGAUCAGCAGAUACCAAAUUACAGUUUUGGCUCGCUGAUAAUAACGACAACUUCUCCCAGUCCCACACCCUUAUCGUCUACUACCACCUACGCCAACUGCAGCAGUACUGAAGAUGAGAGGGAUAGUUACUGCAGCAAUAUUAUGAUGUUUAAUAUGCUUGCCAAAUAGCUUAAAUGCCGGUGUUGACGCUGAAGCUGGCUGCAAUGUGCGGCAACAAGCUGAUCCUAUUUUCUUAGCUUCGUCUGUAUCUAGCUAGUGUUUCAUGUUCAGAUCAUUUGGCUUUGGAUUUAAUUGUACGUUCUGCGUGAGUUGUAGUUGAACUUACGAUAUUAAUUAUGCAUUCUUCUCCAA